AUGGAGUCUACUCCUCUUCUGGGAAACAACGACAAAGAAGAGAAGUCUAAACUGGGAAAUCUACUCAAGGCAAACCUUGUGUUUCUUGCUUUCCAUUUGGCCAUCAAUGUCCGUAAUCCACUGUUAACGCAAUACCUGUACAAGAGGUACUACGAUGAGGAGUUCGAUAACAGCACUGGGUCUACCAACACUCCAAAUCAAACAUCCAAGUGUUAUGUCAAUGAGUCGGAUCCAGGAUAUAUGUUACAGGAAAGGGUUCAGGAAAAGACAUCGGAUAUUCAAACUUUAAUCACAGUCAUCGGAAGCUCCGGAGCACUAGUCAGCUGCAUGUUUCUUGGAGCAUAUUCUGAUUUUCUUGGUCGACGAUUCCUCUUCAUAGUACCUUUGGUCGGCCUGGUUCUGAAGUUUUGGCUAUUUUCAGGUGUUAUUUACUGGAAUCUAGAUCUGAGUUACAUGUACAUUGGUGAGGUGUUUGAAGGUAUUUCAGGGGGAUAUAAUGGUGUCAUUCUGGCCAGUUAUGCCUACACGGCUGACAAUACACCACCUAAGAACUCCAGGACAGUUGGCAUCGCUUUGAUAGAUUUCACCACCUACCUCGCAACCGCAGCUUCCCAAGUUAUUACUGGAUACUUCAUCAAAGACCUAGUUGUUUUACCGAAUGGUAUUGCAGCUCCUCUGUUGCCGGCUCUGCGGGCUGUCAUGUCGAGGAUGGCCCCUCCUGAAAUGCAGGGAUCGCUGUUUGCGGGUAUCGGACUUGUGAACAUCAUCUCAUCAGGUACAGGGGUAACAGUUUUCAACGAGAUGUAUAAUGCCACUGUGAAGAUGCUCCGUGGUUUUGUCUUCUUCGUCUGUGCGGGAUGCCAACUGUUGGCUGGAGUUAUCAUAGUAGUGUUCUUGUAUACAUCACGCAGCGUCCCUGACAAAGAUUCAUCAGCUGUUGUCAUCAACGACAGCAACUGGAAGCCAGACCCCAUCGUCACAAAGGACAAGUCUAUCACCGACACGACGAUGUAG